UGAGGCCGAGGCCAGGCAUUCGCGGCGGAAGUCUCCGGAAGAAAUCGUUCGUGCUCGAUCGAGUCUCUCGUCAGUGCGCUGAGUGGUGACAUCGAAUGGACGAAUUGACGAGGAUUUCGAUUAGAGGGGCUAUGAAUGUCGCUCAUCGAUCGACCGAGCGAAGCUGCGAGCGGUUGAGUUGAAAGUGCCCUUGAAGGAGAACGAUCGUGUAAAAUUGUAAAAAAUGGCUCGCAGAAAAGGAGAGUGGAAGUUCCUCGAGGGCCGCUGAGGUCGCUCUACAGCUGCCUUUGCCAUCCCUAAUGUGCUCCCUAAUUCUGCUCGAGGAAUCCCGUCGAUUGUUUCUAGUUUCAGCGAGGGAGUUCCACCUCGCGCAUUGACUAAUUUUUACCCUAUAAUGUUACGCGGAGGUCGCAAGAAGUAUCGGGUUCUGUGGGUUCGAGCGUGACGGGAAUUUCGCAGCCAUCUGAGCACAAACACAUUCGCGGAUGUGGAAAUGACGAUGUAAUCUGUAAGAAGAUUUUGGAUUCACAACUGCUUGAGCGCGUUUUGUCACGUCUCUUGGAGAGUGAUGGUAAUGGCCAGUACUAUGUUUGAGAUUAGGCCUCAAACCUCUAGAAAGCACAACGCAACUGCCACAGUGCUGAGUCAUGACCAAACACUGAUCCACCAGAAAACAGAGCUUCUUUUAGCCUUUCGUGGCCUUGUUCUCACAUUCUCGGCAACGUGCCUUGUUUGUUAUGGUUUCCCUAAGUGAUUUACUCAAGCAACUCGACGUUUCAUUGGAAACCUACCAUCAGUCAUGAUUGUUCAUGUCUGCUUCCUCUUUGACAGUCAACAGAGUUCGGUCCGGGAAGUUAUGCCGCUGAACUGCAACCAUUUGUUGAUUGUGAGGAGCAUCUUAACAGUUCCUCUGUGCACGGGGAUCGGGGUGAUCGGAAAGUCGUAGCACCAGAUAUCAUUGACUACUUGAGAGACGGACUAAGACGGACAGCAAAUUCUAAACGCCACCAGUUUCCACUUCCUGUCAUUCUUAACAACUGCAGUUCGCCAAAAGCGACACGUCAACUGAUAACGAUCUCAGAAGAGUCUCAUGCUUUACAGUCCCCACAGUCGUGUGGAGAUACAGUCAGCUAGGGUGGCAAGGCAAAUUCGGAAGAAGAAAAAUACCAGUAUAUUUCAAAAGUGCUACAGGCUAAUCAACAACCAAUUCGGUGGAGAGAUGGCGCAAACUAAGAUGUCAAAAAACUCCAUAAAAUUCCGGUGCUUUUGGAAGACCACCACAAUAUACGAGGUGCUGAAAGCUCGUCAAUGGGUUGAGACUGAAAGUGAACUGGACUGGGAUUUCUUCUGGUCGGACGUCGGUUGGAUGUACGAGUUCUUUGAUCACAUCCAUCUCGCUGACCAUCAGCGUUUCAACCACUUCAGAAACUACUACGAGCUUACACGGAAAGAUUUUCUGAUAAAAAACCUGAAGCGCAUGAAAAAGACACUUGAGAAGGAGGACAAAUUAGAGGAAGCUGCCAAUUACAACUUCUUUCCACAGACCUAUGCUUUGCCUGCGGAAUAUGGACUGUUUGUGGAAGAGUUUAAGAGAAUUCCAGGGGUGUGGAUCAUGAAACCUGUAGGCAAGGCACGAGGAAGAGGCAUAUUUUUGUUCACUAGACUGAGCCAGAUCAGCGAAUGGAAGAAAGACCAUCGUUGGAAGAGCGAAAAUCCACAGUUGUAUGUCGUGAAUCAGGUAGAGAACUACAUCGUUCAAAAAUAUAUCGAGAGCCCAUACCUUAUUGGAGGCAAGAAGUUUGACCUCCGAAUAUAUGUCCUUGUUCUCUCUUAUGCUCCGCUCAAGGCUUACUUGUACAGAUCCGGAUUUGCAAGGUUCACCAAUGCACAUUUCAGCAUGAAGAAGGAAGACAUUGCAAACAAAUUAGUUCAUCUCACCAACUUUUCAAUCCAAAAGCACGCCCCAACGUAUAAUUCCAAGACUGGAACAAAAUGGUCCUUGCACAGCCUCAAGAUGCACAUGAUAACGAAGCAUGGGGAGGCAAAAGUGAAUGAGCUGUUCCACGACAUCCGCUCAGCCAUACUGCGAUCGUUAUUGUCGGUGCAAAACGUUAUCAUUCAGGACAAGCACUGCUUUGAACUUUACGGCUACGAUAUUUUGGUGGACAAGGCACUCAAGCCAUGGUUACUGGAGGUAAAUGCAUCACCGAGCCUCGCUGCAGAUACCCCUCAAGAUCGCGAACUCAAGUAUGGGAUGCUGGAUGAUGUUUUGACACUGGUUGACAUGGAGCGUCGACUACCCACUCAGACCAGUUUGCAGGUGGGAGGGUUUGAUCUCCUCGUUGAUCAGGGAGCGACUGAGAGUAGCCCAAAGACAGUGCCUUCUCUCUUUUCAUACCUGGGAUGUUACAACGACCGAGACAAACAACUCAAGCAAAUGGCGAAAGCUCAGUUGGCAUCAGGGUGAAAGCAGGUGUAAGAUAAUUCUCCUUCACGUCAUAUGCUCGUAACUAGGCGCUCGGUGGACCCUCGACCUCCGUGAUACUAUACCGGCGCUGAGAUUUACCUUUGCGGCUUCCACGAAACAAAACCAAAAAGGAACUGAAUUUAAAGAUUAUCCUAUUUCAAAAGAAAGUCUCCACGUGAAGAUAAUGCUGAUACCUUACGGCAUGGUGAAAGUUGGUGAUUCAAAACUUCGUUACGAUCUGACGAGGGCUAAGGGACUGCUUUCUCCUCCUCCUCCUCUGGCCUUCGGGUAUACAUUGAGACCGCACUGGGUGUGGCUGAAGUGCCAAUUUCACCGAAAGUGCAGACCGGCAUUACAGUGAGCCGAGGAUGAAGUGGACAUCAAAACCAAGCGCGACGAAGCCAGACCGAUCGUUCUCUUACAUAUUGUGACACUUCGAUAGUCAUUUCCAUGUGGAGCUAAUCUCAUGUACAGAAAGCCAGAUGUGCCUUCUGCUGCUAGUGGUCAUAAGUCGGAAAGUCUGACAACGUGGUAGGAGAAUAAAAACCUUCUAGACGAGGUGUAGAGCUCAGUAGGUUAUAUUACACGAUACGUUUCAGCCUCUAAGUGGUCGAAAUAAAUCAGCCUUCGUAUCUCUUCGCACUCUCACGUUAUUAUCUUCGACUCUUUACUUAUAAAAGAUGAAACU